UCAAAAAACCCUUUUUUUAAUAUUUUUAUUAAAUUAAAUACAUAUUCAAAAAUUAAAAAAAUGACUCAAAAUACAAAAAACAAUGAACAGAGGAAUCAAUUAAGAGAAACACAAAACAAAGAACAAAGACAUUCAUCACAACAACUGCAACAAACAAAUAAUUUCCGAGUGCAACAACAACAACAUCAACGGCAAACUCGAUUGUUUGCAAAUAUUUUAAGCAACACAUUUUUCGUCAAAUUCCAAUUGAUCUCAUUUUUCUUGAUUUAUUCAAUAUCUCCUUCUUUCUCAUUUAUUAUUCCACACACAAAACAUGAUUUGUUGAUUUACAAUUCGGGAUCAGAAAGUGAUUCCUCUUCAGCUUUGUAUAAUGAUAUCGUUGCUUCUCUUGAAGAUGAUAAUAGCAAUUCGUUAAAAUUGCACGGAACUGAUUUGCUUGUUUUGCAUUCAUCAUUAAAGCAUGUACGAAAAUUGGGUGAUUGUGUAGAAAUAACUGAUCGUAAUGCAACACUUUUAAAGUCUAUAAGCCGUGCAUCAGACACUCUUGUAGACUUAAAAGAUCAACAUUUUAAUAUUCAUUAUUGUGCAAAUUUAGAAAAUGAUGGGCAACAGAAAUGUGGAGAAAAGUCUGUUUGUGGGACUAUUUAUCGUUGGAAAAAGGCAAUGGUCCGUUUAACCUCCUCUUCUCUCUCAGCAGUUACAGGGGAGGAUUUACCUGAAAUUUUUCUUCAAGAACAAGUUCUUGUGCCGAGUGGAUGUUCUUGUUUAAUAAACGCUGCUAACACGAAAUUUGCUAAAAUUCCUGUAAUUAUUGAGUCUUAA